GGAGUUUUUUUUGUUAAGAUUUUUUACGCUAUAUGCAUUUUAUAAAAAGCCAGUCAAUAUGUUGUCAUUUUUUUAAGAAAACAUAUAUUUAAAUUAAAAUUAAUAAAAUAGUCAAUUAUUAAAUAUGUUUUCCGAAAAAAGUUCUUAUCAAAAUAUGAAGAGUGAUAAAACGCCUUUGUGUUUUGUGCCCAUCAAUACUCUCAACGAUGUACAGGCUAUACGUUGUGCAGAGUUUCAUCCGGAGGGUAAGAUUUAUGCAGUUGGCUCCAAUUCCAAAACUCUUAGAAUUUGCAUGUAUCCCUCACAAAUCAAUAUCAGCAAAACCCAAACAUUUCAAACUAGUGUUAUAUUUAAACGCACAAAACAUCACAAAGGUUCCAUUUAUUGUACUGCCUGGUCGAAAGAUGGAAAAUUUAUUGCCACUGGCUCUAAUGAUAAAUCGAUUAAAAUCAUGCAAUACAGUGAUGAAAAUAAACAACUGGAAGGGCGUGAAAUAGAGUUGACCAUGCAUGAUGGCACCGUAAGAGAUUUGUGCUUUUUAGAAGAUUCUUGCAAUGAAAGAAAACUAUUGGCUAGUGGUGGAGCUGGCAAUUGUAAGAUCUAUAUUACGGAUUGUGGAGUGUUGUCGCCAGCGCAAACAUUUAUAGGACAUAGUGGACAUAUUUUUUCAAUUUAUAGUUGGGAUAAUAAUAUGUUUGUUACUGGAUCACAGGAUAAAACUGUACGUUUUUGGGAUCUACGAGUAAAUGAAUGCAUUAACACUGUCUUGCCAUCUUGCUACUAUGACUCAAUGGGUUCACCGGUAACUUCAGUAUGUGUAGAUCCUACUGGACGUUUAUUGGUGUCGGGACACGAGGACAGUUCAUGUGUUUUACACGAUAUACGAAGGAAUCGACAAAUACAAUGUUUCCAACCACAUUCUGCUGAUAUAAGAUCUAUACGUUUUUCACCCUCAGCCUAUUAUUUAUUGACCUGUGGUUAUGAUAAUAAAAUUGUUUUAACCGAUCUACAAGGUAAUCUAACACAAUCCUUACCUUCGGUUGCUGUUGGUGAACAUGGCGACAAGGUUAUAUCGGCCAGAUGGCAUCCACAAGAUUUUUCUAUAUUAACUACAUCGGCUGAUAAAACCGCUAAACUAUGGGCUAUACCAAAUAUCUGAUACGUUAGGUUAAAACUUGUUUUAUACCAAAAAAGCGACGAGGUAUUAAAAAAGAAAAACAAAUACUUUUUCAACUGGACUUACUUAUUUUUAUUAAAAAGCUUCCACUAUUGAAAUUUAAAUUAUCAAAACCUUUUUUUAAGAUGUUUUUGAACGAAAGUGUAUUAAUAUUGGAA